GAGAGAGAGAGAGAGCAAGUGAAGUUAGUGGGUGAUCUCUCAUCAUUGUGCAGGAUAUUAAGCACAUGGCGUGGCCCAGCGUGCGGUCUGGUCUAUCAUUACGUACUUUACUCCACAUUAUAUCAAAGUGAUCACAUUGAGGCAUUCAUAAUUGCAAGCAUUCAUCUUGAGAUCAUGCGAACUACAACUAUAAUUCUAUGUAAUUCUGGAGUUUAACAGUGGAUAAACACAUUAUGUUUUUGUGUGAAAAUGGUCGCGGCGCGCCUCUAGGUAUCCGCGGGUGAUGUGGGCGGGCGUAAGGGUUAUCAGGGUGAUGGAGAUGAUGAGCCCAUAGCAGGGGAACAGGUACUGGCGCUCACUCCAUCACGCAGUACUGCCCGCCGCCUGCGACUGCUGCACCCUUCCAAUCCGACAAACACACGCACACACACACACACACACACACGGUCUCUCUCUCUCUCUCUCUCUCUCUCUCUCUCUGGCUUGUAUUCACUGGGUGUCUGGAGGCUCAGUGCUUCCCUCCACCGCCGUGCUGUCUCAACAUUCAACUCGCGACAUUCUGGAUGGAGAUUCUGUUUGGAGUUUAAUACCUCGUUAGUCUUCGUGGUGAGGCAAAGCAGUGUUCAUCUCCGUAACACUUGUGAGAGGAACCAACAUCUGGAUACAAGGAUGAACACUGUUAACUUCUAUUGACUUUUUUUUUCCUUUAUCGUCAUCUAUAUCUUAUUUGUAUUGUAUUCAGGAUGUGAAAAAAAAAAAAAAAAUUGCGUCAGUGAAAACAAAGCCAUUCUUUGCAUCUGAAAUGAGUGAAUGCACAACACUGAUUCAAAUAUUUUUGCACACUACAAACAUGCAAUUGUUACUUAUUCGAGGAGAAAUGCAGGUGGACGGCUCCCAUGUACUGCUCACCUCCUGGUGUCUGCAGUGCUAGGUGGAGUGAGGCACUGACUUGCUGGCCUGGCAGUGGGUCAGCAGGGAUGCUCAGCCAUUACGUCUAUGUCUUCCAAAUACGUAUAUCUGGUUUUACGGGCAGUGUGUCAGAGCUCGUCUCUCCUUAUCCUGCCUUUUAAGGAAUGCGAGGGACUCCCUUUUCCUAAUUAUUCCUCGUCACUGCUGCCCACGUGUUACCAGGCCCAGGAGAGGCUUGUUACUUAGCUCCUCACCCCGCCACCUAUCACUGGCUUGAUUGAAUAUGUUCUAAUUGCUGGAUCAGAACAACUCUGCCUGCGGAGAACCAGUUUAGCUCAUAACAACGUUGUAACACAUCAAGCAGACUCAUGUUUUAUCUUGGUAACAGUAAUCGUUAGGCAGGCUCGUCUUAGUUUCUUAGUGUAGUGAGGUUAAAAGAAUGAGCAAGCGAUGUGUUUUAAUGAUGACGUCCAGCUAAUGGUGGUAUCCGGCUGAUAAUGACGCGGGGACGGCCGUGCUCACAUCCGGUGCUGGCGCGUGUCCAUCGUGGUGAGCGGAACUGUAUUAACCUUCCCCUUGAGAAAAGCGAGUGAGGAAUUCGUCUGUGUGUAACUUGCAGAGCCCCGCAUUAGAUGUCUAUUUGUCUGUGUGUGUGUGAUGUGUGUGUGUGUGUGUGUGUGUGUGUGUGUGUGUGUGUGUGUGUGUGUGUGUGUGUGUGUGUGUGGGUCUCCCGCCAGGUGACCCACAACACACAACCUACAGGGAAAGGACGCAAAUUUGUCUUAGAAAAAAAAAAAAAGUGAGGUUGAACGUGGUGCCGAGGGAGGCAGAUCGGGCCCCGCAGGUCAGGCCGCCGCAGCGCUGCCUUGGAGUGUGUGUUUGGACUCGACGCGUGAUGUGUGUGGCCGCCGUGCCUCCCGCCUUUUACUGGCUCAUCUCGACCUGAGCUCCAGUCCAUCACUGCUGCAAGCUAAUGACUCUUAAGCUCGGUGACGUGACGCGCAUCUGGUGACGCUGGAAGGAAACCGUUCCUGUCUGGCUUUCCAGGAGCAGCGGGGCUUCUUGGAGCAGACGGCGUGUGUCGGCGACCCUCCUCACUCCCACACAUUCAUCUUCUAGGAAAACACUUAUGCCACUGCUGGUCAGGAACAUACGGGGUGGAGGCGGAGGAGGCAGCCGCGAGCAGCCACGGAGGACGGGCGGCCGGUAGCUGCCGUCGCGGCGAGCGGUGGUGGCCAGCCCUCACUCAUGUUCCCACAGGUGCUGUCCGACACCCAUUCAGUGCUCGUCUUAUGCAUGUGUUACAACGCAUCUGUCACCUGAGACUUGUCCAGCAUUGUCAGCUCAUUAAUGUGUCGAUGUCGCCUGUAUGUAAGACAGUCAUGUUACCCGAUGAACCUGUGUCGUGUUACUUGAGACAUUGCUUGUGGUAAUGGUUAAGCCUCGUGGCCAAAGCUGAACAUCUCAAAGUGUUCCCCGCCCAAGGCUGGGGGCGCAAGAGAGCCUCGAGCUGACUGGAGUGAAAACCUCAACACAGCAUAAAGUGAUCGAAAUAUUCACAACUGAGGACUAUUUCGGUGCUACAGCUCCACGUCUUCUUCGUUGGACUCAGUGACUGUCGCGAACUUAACACUUUCGAGCAAAGACGCGAAACAACUACGCCCGUGACAACUCCUCUUCCAUCAGUGAACCAACCGAUGGAACUCUGGAAGCCAGCUGUUCGUAGGACAAAAAAAGCAAACAGCAGCGGCGGCGGCGGCGGGGGUGGCGAUAAGUGGGCAGCGACCCUACCAGACGUGGUGGCUGACCUGAGCCUCGCUGACGCCCCCGCCCCUCACCAGCCAGCCAUGCUCGGCACCCGCGAUCCUCAUUACCUCGAUGAGCCACGGCCACGCCGCCGGGAUGCCAGACCUCCACCCCCUCCUGUAACCCCGCAGGGACUUGGAGUUGGCCCCCAGGGCUUAGGGGCAUCUCCUAGCCAGCCCAUGAUGGGGGGAAGUGGUCCUGCCGGUAUAACGUCCUGUGGGUGGCGGCACAAUCCCCAACACAGUCAAUGGGUCUCCCAGCCGCCGGUGGACCCAGUGGGUGGUGGUGCACAGCUGGCCUCUGCAGGCGUGGGCGCUGCUGGUGGAUGCGGCAUGUCCUUUGAAGGAGAAGGGGCGAGGAUACGAAGCGCCUCCAGCGAGCCCCGAGGCCCAGCGAACAACGGCGAUCGGCGAGUUCGGUGUUCCUCGGCCACCAGGUCGCGGCAGCACCGGCCCCGCCCCGCACAGGGAGAUCAGCCGCCUCCUCCCGCCGUCAGCCCGCCGCCUCCCCCUGUUUCUGGAGCAACCGCCAGCCACGGAGGCCAACAGAUGCCGUACCCUCCCCAGCAGGGAGGGGGGGGCAUGGGCAUGGUGGGCGGUGUUUUGGCUCGUUUGGCUGGCUGCUACGAGAACAUGGAGCCGGGGCGCGAGGUGGGUGAGGGCGUAGCGUACGGCUACCAAGUGAACGACCUGGAGGCACUCCUCACCCGCGCCUCGCCUCUGCGUCCAGCCAACUUGCCUAUGGUGCUCGCCUCGGCCACGCGCCUCCAUAACAUGCGUCGGACGCCUGAACCUAAUUUACAGAACCAGCCUCCUGUCCGGCCGUACUUACCGUUCGGAAUAAUAGUAAACGCUGUGUUUAAAACUCGAGAUUGGUUAUAUGUGAGGACAGCACACGGAGCAGAGGGCUACGUGCCAUAUCGAGUGUGUUUGCCACUGGGAAUCCUGCCCCCCCCUCGGGAAGGCCAUUCUGCCUCCACUGCCACUGAUGUGGCGGGCGCCGCAGCUUGGGACAGUCGAACAGAAAUGUUUCAAGGAGGCCUUGUGCAACUGCCCUCCGCCCCCACGGCUCCUGCCGCAGUGGUUGGUCUGGGCGGCGGGAGUCAGGAGGCGGCUGGCCAGACUCGGGGAAGAUCUCGUGGGCGCCGGCGGCCACCCUGCCCGAACACAUCCAAUCAGACAGACACACAGAAGCUCCAGCCAGGCGCACGCAGCCUCUCCGAGUCACGGCCGCCGCGCGAGACCCUUGACUCCCCACCACUCGCUCCCACGCCGUUGGCACCCACGCCUAUGUCCCUUUCACCGUUAGCAGGCACACCUGUGUCCACUACCACCACAGCUGGGUCAUCAGCCGACCAUAUCCUGGUGUAAUGUUGCUCUCUUCGCUCCUUUUCAUCACACAACGGAGCUGAGACGGGGAGGAAGAAGAGGUGUCGGUGUUGUGUGCGGCCUGAGCGAGAGGAUGACAGGACAGAGGACAAGAGUGCUGCUGGGGCAAUGACGAGCAUAAGUGUGCUGUGGACUUCUUGCACCAGGGAGGUCCAUUCUGACAGGAUUUCCUUGCAUCCGAGAGAGAGAGAGAGAGAGAGAGAGAGAGAGAGAGAGAGAGAGAGAGAGAGAGAGAGAGAGAGAGAGAGAGAGAGAGAGAGAGAGAGAGAGAGAGAGAGAGAUUGCUAUGCUACCAUGGGUUAUUCCCUCCCCUACGGGCCCCCCUCCUAAAAAAAAGAAAAAAAAAAAGGAAAACCACCUUCACAUCAAAGUAUACAGACUUAUACACGUAAGUACUGUAUACUUUUGUAUUACGUAAUCCUGUGAGCAUUGUGCUGAUGUAUCCAUACGACUUGAUAUACACGCACGCAGACCUAGUCCGGAAUAUACUACAUACAUACUGAGACGCUGCGCCAAUGUUACCUAUACACAGUGAUCGGUUGUGGAAAGGAGAAUAAUGUAUGUACACAGCAGUAGUGUCUCUGUAAUGAUAAGUGCUGUGGAAAGGGAACCGUGUCUCUUAGAAAAAAAAUAGUGUAUGUAUUAUUAUUAUUAUUAUUAUUAUUAUUAUUAUUAUUAUUAUUAUUAUUAUUAUUAUUAUUAUCAUUAUUAUUAUUACUAUUAUGUUACGGAAGAACAGUUUUGUGUAUAGUAGUACAUAGUAGUGGUGCGUUGUGGAAGCAAAAUAACUAUUGCAUUUUAUUAUAUUAUCACGUUGAGGAAUGGAAGAAAGAAAACCAGUGAUCUAGACUACUAUGUUACCGUGUUGUGGAAAGAGUUGUGUUUAUAGUUACGUCU